AUGGCACUUCCCAGCAAAUCCCUGCUAUGGUUUUGCUGCUUGGCCUGGCUCUAUGGCCCUAUUUAUCUUAGCCUUGGUUCUCAGACUUUUGGGGGAGAAGCUAAGAUUACACCUAAUGCUGAGUCUGAAUCUGAGGUAGACCCUUGGUCCUUACUACAGCUUGUGGAUGGGGCAGACAGAUCCGGUCUCUUUCCUCCUCUCUUCAAGGUCCUAUCCGAUAGGCGAGGUGAAUCUCCUAAGCUGCAACCAGAUUCCCGAGCACUGUACUACAUGAAGAAGCUCUAUAAAGCCUAUGCUACUAAAGAGGGGGUUCCGAAAUCCAGUAAGAGUCACCUCCACAACACUGUCCGGCUCUUCACUCCCAGUACUCAGAACAAACAGGCUUCUGGAGACCAGGUGACAGGCCUGCUCCCCUCUGACGCCCUGCAGUUCAACCUGGAUCGCGUGGCUGCCGUGGAACACUUACUCAAGUCCGUCCUGCUUUACACGUUCAACACCUCCAUCCCUCCUCCCUCUGCUCUCACGUGCCUGUGCAUCCUGGCCAUCCACGAGUCCAGAUCGAGCCCAGCUCCGCUAUCCUGUACCUUGAAGAAUCACAAAUGGAUGGAGAUCGACGUGACCUCUCUCCUGCAGCCCCUGGUGGACUCCAGUGAGCGCAGCAUCCACACGACAGUCAAUUUCACCUGUUGGCUGGCCCAGCCACCGCAUCCUUCAGGCCCGGAGGGACCCCUCCACAUGUCUCGCCUGGUACCACCCUCGCUGAUCCUAUAUCUGAACGACACGAGUGCGCAGGCGUAUCACCGGUGGUACUCCCUGCACUAUCAAAGAGGGCCAGCCCAGGGCCCUGACCUGGACAGGAGAGGGACCGAGACCCCACGACUUUCUCGUCACCCUAGAGGUCAGGAAGUCCUCAGCUCGGAAUCGAAGAAGCCGCUGCUUCCGACUUCCUUCAACCUGAGUGAAUACUUCAGGCAGUUUUUCUUCCCCCCGGGUGAGUGCGAACUGCACGACUUUAGACUCAGCUUUCGGCAGCUCAAGUGGGAUAACUGGAUAGUAGCUCCACACAGGUACAACCCUCGAUUCUGUAAAGGGGAUUGUCCCCGGGCUGUGAGACACAGGUAUGGUUCUCCGGUGCACACCAUGGUACAGAACAUUAUCUAUGAGAAGCUAGAUUCGUCGGUGCCCAGGCCAUCAUGUGUGCCUGGCAAAUACAGUCCCUUGAGCGUCCUGACCAUCGAGCCGGAUGGCUCCAUCGCUUACAAAGAAUACGAAGAUAUGAUCGCCACCAAGUGCACCUGUCGGUAACCAAACCUGGGAGCCUAUCUGGCAGGAAUCGUAAUUCAGAUGGGAAACUGAUCGGCACAAAAUGUUGGAUAGAAUUGCAGCUAUAAACAAUUCAG